AUAACUUCCUCUCUCCAAGACCUCAGUUUUUGCACAACCCCGUCCUUGAAAUAAGAGCCCUUCAAGCAACCUGGAAAACGUCUGGUCAGCAAAAAACUCCUGUUUUUUCCAAAGGAUCUGUCUCAGGAAUUUAAAACACAUUUAAGACACACUCACACCACAUCAGGAGGGGGGAAAAGUCCCUUCCCCUCCCCUUCUUGCAGAAAGAAUGGAAGAAAGUUCCAGUUCUCCUGUUUCCCCUGUGGAUAGCUUGGGGACCAGUGAAGAGGAGCUGGAAAGGCAGCCAAAGAGAUUUGGCAGGAAGAGGAGAUACAGUAAGAAAUCCAGCGAAGAUGGCAGCCCCAACCCAGGCAAGAGGGGGAAAAAGUCCAGUCCCAGCUCCCAAUCUUACGAAGAACUCCAAAGCCAGAGGAUCUUGGCCAAUGUCAGAGAGAGGCAGAGGACUCAGUCCCUCAAUGAAGCCUUCGCAGCCCUGAGGAAAAUCAUCCCCACGUUGCCCUCUGACAAACUCAGUAAAAUCCAGACUCUCAAACUCGCAGCCAGGUACAUAGACUUCCUCUACCAGGUCCUACAGAGCGACGAGAUGGACAAUAAGAUGACAAGCUGCAGCUAUGUGGCCCAUGAGCGGCUUAGUUAUGCCUUUUCAGUGUGGAGGAUGGAAGGCGCUUGGUCCAUGUCUGCCUCCCACUAGCCAGCACCUGGGCAAAAGCAAAUACAACUGCUGAAGGGACUGUCCAGUGUCUGAGACUGAAGUGGAAUUGGGACAUAUCCAAGUUUGUAGCCUCUGAAACCUUAAUAACCUCAAGUAAACUGGUC